GCCUUGUAGACCCUUUUUACGAAGAUGGCGCCGAAAGCGAAGAAGGAAGCCCCUGCCCCUCCCAAAACUGAAGCCAAAGCAAAGGCGUUGAAGGCCAAGAAGGCUGUGCUGAAGGGCGUCCACAGCCACAAAAAAAAGAAGAUCCGCACGUCACCCACCUUCCGGCGGCCUAAGACACUGAGGCUCCGCAGGCACCCCAAAUAUCCUCGGAAGAGCGCCCCCAGGAGAAACAAGCUUGACCACUAUGCCAUCAUCAAGUUCCCUCUGACUACUGAGUCUGCCAUGAAGAAGAUAGAAGAUAACAACACACUUGUGUUCAUUGUGGAUGUCAAAGCCAACAAGCACCAGAUCAAACAGGCUGUGAAGAAGCUCUAUGACAUUGAUGUGGCAAAGGUUAACACCUUGAUCAGGCCUGAUGGAGAGAAGAAGGCAUAUGUUCGACUGGCUCCUGACUAUGACGCUUUGGAUGUCGCCAACAAAAUUGGGAUCAUCUAAACCAAGUCCAGCUGGCUAAUUCUAAAUAUAAAU